AUGUCAACUACUGACCCAAACAAUUCUUUAAAUUCAACUCAGUUCACUGCCAUCGAUUCUACCAAGUACGCUUCACCUUCCAAAGUUGAUCCUGAGCCAAACAUCGAUCCAGGAAGCCCUAUGGUUCUUGAUGAUCGUGAAACCGUCCCUCAACAACCCAUUGAGAAUUCUUCACCAAAACCUACUCAAAUCAACUCCUUCGAGGCUCAAAAUGACUGCCCUGAACCAGGCAACAAUCCUAUGGACACUUCAGAUCUGAGUGACUAUCCUGGGUUUGAUACGUCGCCUCCAAAACUGGCCACUAACAACAUUAAUUCGUUAGUUAUCAAAUCAACUUACGGUAAUCACACUACUACCUCGGAUAUCACUUACUCCUUUUCCGAGGGUUUAUAUGAUUCUCCAGAAGAAGCUAAAUCUUCAUCCUCUAGUUUAGUUUUACAAGAAGAAACUAAAACAAGGCAAGAAAAUGGCAUUGUUGUUCUAGACAAUUUGAAAAGUCCAUAUAAAACUUCCCCUGUCUCUGCUGUGGAACAACAGGGACCACUUUGGAGUGAUGUUGCAUCCUCGAGCCAAACAAAACAAUAUUCAAAAGACAAUACUUCGUUUGAAGACAACCAUGCCACUCAACAUGGUUCGGAAUACUUGCAACGCCUUAGAUUCGCUCGCAGUCGUUAUCCCUGGAUCAGUUUAUCCACUGAAAACAAAGACCCAAAAGAUUUAGAUAAAGAGAUAUUUGAAGUCAUUUAUAGAUUCUCUUCAACCAAAGAAAUCACUUCAGAGAUUGUCAAUUUCCAUGAAAAGUAUCCAAAGUUGGUUGAACAAUUCGAUUUUGAAUUCAAAAUCUCUCGCUAUUUUUUGGAGAGAUUUGCUUCUAAGAAAAAUAGAUGGCAAGAAUAUCAGGGAUUAAAAUCUCUUCCGACCUCAGUUAUCUAUCGAUAUUUGACUCGUGAUUCUUUAGAAUUAAAUGGGGAAUUUGCUUUUGAUCCCCCUCCAAAUUUCCCUCAUAAUGCGGACCCAGCUGAAGUCACUUCGGCUCUAUUAAACGCCCAUGAAAAGGAAAUGGAAAUCAAACAUCAACAGUUGGAAGAUAUGAAAAGAGCUGUUGAAAAACAGCUUACUUUGGUUCACCAACUUCAAUCCGGGGUCAGGAUUUUUCGUGGUCAAUUAGGUAAUCAACCAAAGCAAUCUGCUCCAAAUGUUUCCAGUGAUUACAAUGAAGCCUUACAAAAACUCAAAGAAGCUCAAACCGAACUUUUCAAGAUAAGAGCUCGUUUUAACAGAGAAAUCAUUUUUUGUUUAAACAUCUCCGAGAUUAAGCAAGUAAUCUUUAGAGCCAAAGACACUCAACAAUGGUCUGUUCGUUAUUGUUGCACUUCCCGUGACUCUUAUAAGGCAAACCCCAAGAACAAAGCUUUAGAAGGCGAUUUUCCCACGGAAUAUCAACAACAACAAGAUCAAAUCCAACAUUAUAAUGGCUUAACUAUUAACCUUCCAAAAUUGAAUAAUGGUUCUUCAAAAACUGAUAAAAGAAUCAAAAAGUGUGAUUACAGUUUCACAAUCCAACUCAACGCCAAAAAGAGUGUUCUUUUUCAGAUCACCACCUCUCCAAAUAUUCGGCCAAAUACUUUCCUCAACAAUAUCAUUGCAAACAUGGAUAUCCGCCCAACUUUUUCCAUAUUGGAAACGAAACCCAUUGCUAUCAACAAUUUCACCCACUCUGAUUUUUCCCACAUCGUUUCGUAUGGCAUCAUAUACCUCGAACUGAAUGAUUUGCCAGCCAAAUCAUGGAACAAAAACAAUCAAACUGGUAAAUUUGUGAUUAAAUCCAAAAUGCACCAUUGCAGUUUCUGCAGCCUGUUAGAACACUCAAGAGAUACUUGUCUCAAACAAAAGUGCCACAGAUGUUUCCAACCAGGUCAUAUUGGACCAAAUUGUCCCAGGAAGGGCAAUCACUUGAAGUCUAAACAACCAAAACCUCAAAUGAUUUUCAAAUCCCAAAAAAACUAG